GGGGGGGCCGCGCUCAGGGAGGCCGAGGGGGCCUUCAGGACCAGCCUGGCCAUCGUGGAGGAGAAGCUGGAAGGCUCGGUGUCCCGGCGGGAGCUGGCGGAGAUGCGGACUCGGCUCUACCUCAACCUGGGCCUGGUGCACGACGCGCUGCGGGACCCCCGGCAGUGCCACCACUUCAUCCGCAAGAGCAUCUUCCUGGCCGAGCAGGCCCAGCUGCAGGAGGAUCUUUUCCGCGGUCACUUCAACCUGGGCCACAUCUCCCUGCGUGCCGGGGAUCAUUCCGGGGCUCUCCGGAGCCUCUCCCGGGCUCGGGAAUGCGCCCGGAUCCUGCGGGACAGGGGGCUGGAGAGCGAGUGCUGCAGCAGCACCGCCCAG